GUGAAAAUACAUUGCCCACAAAAGAGUACACUAUUGUUAUCUCUUAGCUAUAGUGAACAUGAAUAAGCUCGAACAAUCUCUCGAUCUCUAUGUUCUGUCCGAGGAGAUCAGAAGCGAGAUCUUUUCACUAGAUUACAACAAAAAGAUCAUGGAUCCUUACUCGUUAGUGUCUCCUUCGGCUUAUGACAUGGCUUGGUUGGCCAUGGUCGAAAACGAUCCUCGAAACCCUAGCCGUGAGCCGAUGUUUCAAGAUUGCUUAGAAUGGAUUCUUAGCAAUCAAAAUGGUGUCGAAGGGUACUGGGGAAAUUGCGACGGACACGGGAAUCCAACCUCGGAGACUCUAACCUCGACACUCGCUUGUCUCUUAGCCCUUCACAAGUGGAACUGUGGGAGUCGUCAUAUUGAGAAAGGUAUGAGAUACAUGGAAAGAUUUACAGAAACAGUACUUGAGGGUUUCACCAACGACGGAUCUUUUCCUCGUUGGUUCGUAAUCAUGUUCGGUGGAAUGCUCGGACAUGCUCAAGAACUUGGCUUAGAAUUCGCCUUCUCUAAUCGAUCCAACAAACUUAUCAAACAUCUCUUUCACAAAUACUUCGAUAUUUUCCAAAGAGAGAAACUCGUGGAUGACCAUAGCCAUUACCCUCUAGUGGCAUAUCUCGAAGCAUUGCCUUCGACGCACGUCGUGAAUCAAGACGAGAUCACUCAGAGCCUUUGUGCCGACGGCUCGUUGCUUGGAUCGCCUUCUGCUACUGCAGCUGCUUUCAUGAUCACACGGAAUCCAAAGUGUCUGGCUUAUCUUAAAUCUCUCGUGCAGAGAUGCCCUCGAGGAGUGCCGCAAACUUAUCCUCUCAACGGAGAACUAAUAAAGCUGUCGAUGGUCAAUCUGCUUGAGAGUUUCGGGUUAUCAGAGUACUUCAGUGAAGAGAUUGAACACGUUCUUCACCAAAUUCACAGGAGCUACGAAGACAAAGGCGAACACGAGGUGCCCAUCAACUUGGCAGCAGAGAAGCUUCACAAAGACUCACUUGCAUUCCGAUUGUCACGUAUGCAUGGACGUGUGGUUUCUCCAAGGAGAUUUUGCUGGUUCUUGAAUGACGAAGAAAUCCGCGGAUACGUGGAGAAGAACCAAGAGUGUUUCUCUUCUGCUAUGCUAAGCGUUUAUAGAGCCACGGAUCUCAUGUUCCAUGGAGAAUCCGAACUCGAAGAAGCGAGGGAUUUCUCUUUACAGUUGCUUAAGAGUACCGGGUUUAUCAACGAACAAACGGUUAAGCAUGAGACGAGUGUUUCUUGGAUGGCACGUCUCAGACAUCUUGAACAUAGAAUGAGGAUCGAAGACAAAGACUCAAACGCCCUAUACACGGGAAAGGCCUCACAUAUAAGAUUACACAGUCUAUAUAGCAACAAGCUGACUCAUCUCGCUUCGAGGAACUUCGAGUUCCGACAGUCCAUUUAUAGACGUGAGCUAGAAGAAUUGAAAAUAUGGGCGAAGAAAUCAGGGCUUAGCGAUAUGGGAUUCGGGAGGGAGAAGACGGCAUACUGUUAUUACGCAGUAGCGUCGAGCUCUUCGCUGCCAUGCGAAUCAGUUCUACGCAACAUCAUUGCGAAGAGUGGCAUUCUCAUUACAGUUGCUGACGAUUUCUUCGACGAAGAAGGUUCUUUGGAUGAAUUAAACGCUCUUACCAAUGCCGUUCUCAGAUGGGAAGGAGAAGAGCUGAAAGGACACAGCAAGAUCAUAUUUGGAGCACUUGACGAUCUUGUCAGAGAGAUGGCAGAGACGUGCCUUGAUCUACACGGAACCGACACAACUGUCUAUUUGAGGGACAUCUGGAAGGAAACAUUCGUUUCGUGGCUACGUGAGGCAGAGUGGGCGUCGGAAGGAUACGUACCAAAUAUGGACGAAUAUAUUCGAAACGGGAUGAUUUCGAUCGCUACACAUACUAUUGUUCUCACGUCUUCUUGUUUGCUCGAUCAAAGUUUGCCUAACCACACGCUCGAGUUCGAAGAAUACGAAACCCUAACAAGAUUGCUCAUGGCCAUUCCUCGUCUUCUCAACGAUCUCCAGAGUUAUCGGAAAGAACAAGAGCAGGGGAAGAUAAACUCAGUCCUGCUCCACAUGAAGAAGAACGACUCAAGAAUCGAAGAUUCGAUCGCUUACAUCGAAGGGAUCAUCGACACGAAGAGGAAAGAGUUUCUCGAACAUGUUCUGAUGGACGGUUUCAGCGAUCUGCCCAAACAAUGCAAGGAACUGCAUUUGUCGUGUUGCAAGGUGUUCGAGGUGUUCUUCAACGACAAGAACAGAUACGAUUCAGAGACAGAGAUGCUUCAAGACAUCCGAAACGCCCUUUACGAUCCGAUAAACGUUACCGAAUUCGAUCCGCCAUUGAUGGGCCAUGGUAAACCCGUGAUCGUUCCUCUUCCUCCGAAGAAUCCUCAGAUUUCUCAAUCAUAUCCGGAGAAGAAGAAGUUUCCGGCGAUCAAAUCGCGUCUUUAUCCUCGACAUUUCCAUAACCAGAAACCGGGUUUCGAUUCGAAGCUCUCUCUUCGUAAGCCUCUUGGGCUCAUUGCGCAGAGGAACACAGCUAUGAUGCCAAGAUUCUCACCAUGUUUCUACUGAAUCAGAUUCUGGAUUUGUCGCUAUAUAAGUUGUGUUUGAGGUUUGAAUAAGUCAUCAUAUCCAAGUCUUUUUCCUCUGUGUUUUGUCUUUUUCUGUUUAACAAA